GAGAAGAAUUUGAAGAGGAGGAGGAAGAAAAUUGGUCUAAAUAUGUGUGGAAACUUGGACAUUCUGACAGGGCACCGCGUUCUAUGGGCGUGUGUGGGCGUGGACCUGCUGGUAGGGUGUGGUGUGGGCGCCCUCUCCUACCCACACACGCCCCACCACCACCACCACCACCACCACCCUUACACCACCACCACCACCACCGCCGCCAUUAUCGUGGGCGUGGGAAUGGGCGGGGUGUGGGUGGCCAGGUGCCGCCCGCGCGCACGCACCCUCGCCCUCCUUCUAGCAGGGGUCGUGGGCGUAGCAGCGGCCGCCCACGCCCCUCUCGCCGUGCUUACGUGUGGGGGGGAGGGAGGCCUGCCUGGGGUGCUCUCCAUGGACGGCAGCACCCUGGCACUGCAUCGUCCCUGUAGCGAGGAGUGCCAGUGUUCGAGCGAGGUAUCCUACGAUCCUGUGUGUGUGAAGGAUGGCCCUCUAGAGCUGUCCUACUACUCCCCCUGUCACGCCGGCUGCCCCCCGCCCCCCGCCCAAGGACACCCCCUCGAGAACUGCACCUGUGGUGGUAGGGCUGCCAGCGUCACCCCGGGCCUGUGUCACCCCUGCGCCACCCACCUCCUGCAUACCUGUCUGUCCUGCCUCGCUGCCUCGCUCACCCCGCUCGUCUCCAUUAUCACACUCCUUCUGGCUGUCAGGUGUGUCAAUAAGGGUGAGAAGACCAUUGCUUUGGGUCUAAAAGUCACCCUGUGGUCUAUGGGGCGCCUCCUGGGACCCCUGCUGGUGGGGGGCCUGGUGGGGGGCGCCUGUCUGGUCCCCGGGAGGGCGUGUGGGGGGCGUGGCGGGCGUGGGUGGUGGGCGGAGGGCGUGUCGUCGUGGGAGUGCUACCUGUAUGACCCGACUGUAUUGGGAUACAUCCUGCACGGAACCAGCGCCACAUCCCUCACUUUGGCAGCCAUUCUCUCCCUGUUCCUGGCCCGUGAAGCCGCGCACAUAGACCUCUUCGGGGAACCACACCCUUCCCCUACCAUCCCCACCCCUGACCCCUUCGCCCGCGCCCUGACAGCUCCAGAAUCCGAAGAAGUAUAAGGAAGAUUUCAAAGUUAGCAUCGGGGCAAAGCUACGCACGAAGCUGGGAUGUCCCGCAGGAGAGAGUGAGAGAGAGAGAGAGGGAGAGGGAGAGGGAGAGGGAGGAGAGGUUUAAGAGUCUAGA